AUGAUGGCAGAAGAAUUGAGGGUCUUCAAAUCAUCACUCAUCUUCAAGCUUCUUACUUUUGUCUAUAUCUCCCAUCACGCAUAUCAAGCCACCUGCCAACACUACGAAGUUAAAGCCGAAGACCCUCUAGAAAGGUUUCAGACGUACAAGACAGUCAAUGAGGUUUGGGAUGAAAAGGCGUGCAAGUAUGUCAUCGAGGAACAACACCAACCGGAAGAAAAAGUUGAUGGACUGGAUCAAUACGUUUUCAUAGAGCGCAGGCGUAUUAGUUGGUAUCUCCUCCCCACAAAUAGUACCUGCCAACGGAAGUUUCCAGUCAAGAAAACCGAAGUGCCAGUGAUCUAUAUUGACAUCAAGUCGAAAUUGCUCCGAGAUACCUUGAGAGUUAUACUUGCACAAGCUCCUGAGAUUAGUCUCAACGAGGAAAGCCUCUCCGUCGAGCGAAAUUUCCUCUUCCAUUAUCUCCCAGAUCUCGAGGCGUCCCGUAAAUGGAAUCACGUUGAUCCCCAGGACAGCAUCAUCCCGGAGCACAUUGCCCUACUUAUCAAUCAUAUUCAUUUAUCCUACAAGGAGACGGAAGUACGGCUUGCCUCAUUGCUGAAAACGGGAGAGAUAACUUACGAUUUACUCCCGUUUCUUUUCAAACCAAACGGAUUGGUGUAUACCACUUGUCGCGGGACCAAGAAACCAAGAUGCAUCAGAUUCGAGUCUGGCGAAGCGAAAACAAGCACAACUGGAGUUGACUAUUUCCACAUCAAAGGAAAAUACUUGGAAUUUGACGGGAAGGUGCUUGGGAAAGCUCCAAUCGAGACUGCCAUUCUUGGGUUCUGCGGAUCGAGAACUAUCAACUCUCUCGAGGCAUUCCCUCUCCAAUACCACGAAGCAGAGGAGAGCAUGAGAGAAACGCUUGUGAAAUGCGGUCGCAAGUUUUGUUUCUCCCUAAUCGGCACGCAACAUCGACAUUAUAGAGGCAAGGCCUUUCAAAUGAAGAAAAACAAACCCAUUGAGAUAUUUAUUAACAGCAGGAUUAUGGUUGAUGCCGCAAUGUUUCAGGAGCUCAAUCCCAAUUACACCAGGCCAAGCAUCUUCAAGAGCACUAACAGUAUCGAUUUGUGGCUGUUUGGAGAUACAACUUCUAGUAACAAGCUAGAUGAAUCGGCUAUGGAGAGCAGUGUAAACCUUGAUGCACUGACGGAUGAAGAUCUUCUAAUUUGUAGCCCGACUGUGCUGGGCUUCAGUUUGAACGACAAAUUAUGGUUGGAAUUUGCGGUGGCAGAUAUUUCGGGAAUUUCGUGGAACGAGUCGCUCUUCAACCAACUGGCUAUACCAUACAAGUCAAAGAAGCUUAUCGAAGCUCUAACCACGUCCCAGUCCAGUGGAAAAACUAAAUAUACGUUUGAUGAUUUUGUGGAGGGAAAAGGCCGUGGCUUGAUUAUGCUUCUCUAUGGACCGCCAGGUGUUGGAAAGACAAUGACUGCAGAAGGACUGUCGGAACACCUCGAAAGGCCUCUGUACACAGUCUCUGCGGGAAACUUAAGCAAGGAUGCGAAACUUCUCGAGGCGCAAUUGUGUGAGAUGUUUGAAGUUGCCGAAAAGUGGAAGGCUUUACUUCUCCUCGAUGAAGCUGAUGACUUUCUGUGCAAGCGCUCACACGACUCUAAUCACAACUCUCUUGUCUCGGUCUUUUUACGGAAGCUUGAGUAUUAUAAGGGUAUCAUGUUACUUACCACGAACCGGAUUAAGAACGCAGUGCGUUCAGCACAUGCCAUAGCAAGCAGCGAUGGAACACACCUAUGCUAUUCUCACUUAGAGACCGUCCUCGAGGUUGGCAAGGAGUUUGAGAAUGAUUUCAGAGGUUCAGGAGAGAUGGCAAACAUGCUCUCCUACGCCUGA